AUGAACAAUUUACCAGCAUUUCCAAGUUUUGAUCUUGAAACGGAUAAAUCCAAUGCAGGCACGCGUUGGGAGAAAUGGAUUGGGCGCCUCGAAAAUUUAUUUGUGGGGAUGAAAAUAUCAAACGCUGACCAGAGAAGAGCAUUAUUACUACAUUACGCCGGAGAAAAAGUGUACGACAUCUAUGACGUAGAGAAAAAGGACAGCGCAGCGACUUACGACGCAACAAAAAAGGUACUUAGCGACUAUUUUGCUCCCAGAAAGAACGUUCAAAUUGAAAUUUACAACUUUAGAUCAUACAAGCAAUUAGAAGCACAAACGAUUGAUGAAUAUGUGACUGAGUUAAGAACUUUGGCAAAGAACUGUGCAUUCGCAGACAUUGACAAUGAAAUUUUACAACAAGUGAUACAACAUGGCCGCUCAAAUCAACUCAGAAGAAGAGCGUUACGUGAACCAGAUAAAAAACUCGAUGACAUUAUUACAAUGGGACGUAUGUUUGAACAAUCAGAUAUGCAAGCAUCCGCAAUGGAAAAUUCAGAAAAUUCUAGAUCUGUACACAAGGUUUCAAAGUUCAAUAGUAGAACACGAGGACGAGCGCCGAUGUCUCAUGGCCGUGGGAACAGUAGAGGGUCGUAUGCAAAUUUUGGAGGUCGUGGGAAAUAUGGUCCGAAGAACCAAUCGAAUCAACGAAGUAGACCACGUGAUGGUGCGUCAGCCAAUACUUGCAGAAAAUGUGGUUAUGAAUUCCCGCACAGAGAUAAGCCGUGCCCAGUCACAGGUAAAACCUGCAAUGUAUGCAAGAAACCUAAUCAUUUCGCGCGCUGCUGUUUAGCGCCGAAAUAUCAGCAUGUCAAAGAGGUCAGCGAUAACGCCAGCAGUUCGCUACAGUUCGAUUCGGAAGAGGAGUACCUCUAUAACAUCACAGUGAAAAAUGUCGGUAAACAAAAAGGAUCAAAAACGCCCAAAACACAGAUAAAAGUCAACGAAUAA